CACAAAAACAUAUUCAUGUUGAAUAAUCAGGGACGUUUUAAUUUCUCACCGCUGCGCUGGAUACCACAUCAAUACGCAUGCGUCGGUCUCUCCGGCUCCGGUCUCAAAACGAGAAUCAAGAAUGUUAUCCAAAAUCCAUCUCGCUCAAUCUUCUCCCAAUGCCAGCCCCUGGGCUUCCUCUCAUCACCAUAUUUUGAAAUGCUGAUGCCCAAGAAGAAUCGUAUAGCCAUCUACGAGCUACUCUUCAAGGAGGGGGUGAUGGUGGCCAAAAAGGAUGUGCAUCUGGCUAAGCACCCGGAGCUGGCUGAUAGGAAUGUGCCCAACCUUCACGUAAUGAAGGCAAUGCAGUCUCUGAAGUCAACUGGGUACGUGAAGGAGCAGUUUGCCUGGCGCCACUUCUACUGGUACCUGACCAAUGAGGGCAUCCAGUACCUGAGGGACUUCCUGCAUCUGCCCCCAGAGAUUGUUCCCGCCACUCUGCGUCGUCAGAUGCGCCCGGAGACCGCCCGGCCCAGGCCUAAAGGUAUGGAGGGUGAGAGAGGUGAGCGGCCAGCUAGGUUUAACCGUGAAGGAGGAGACCGAGACAACUACAGACGUUCUGCUGCACCACCUGGCGCAGACAAGAAGGCUGAAGCAGGCGCUGGUGCAGCUACUGAGUUCCAAUUCAGAGGUGGAUUUGGACGUGGCAGAGGACAGCAACCACCACAGGAGUAAAGCACUGACUCUGUUCUUGUACAGUAUAAUAAAAGGGGUUUGCUGUAA